AUGGAGGAGAUCCAGCCAGCAGCUACAGAGCAGAGGCCAGAGGGGGUUGCAGUGCCGUGCCCGCGGGCUCUGCCGGCAGCCAGCUGUGCCAGAGAGGACCGAGCUUCAGGCCCAGAGGCCUCAGGGCACCCCAACCCCUGGAAGGGGCCCAUCCGGGCCACAGGCGCCAGGCUCCGCCAAUCGGCCACCAGGAGUGGGCUGCAAGAGAAAAUAGACGAGCUUGGCUCCAUCGCUGACAACUUAGAUAAGGUUUCAAAGGGGACAAAAAUCGCUGGCAUCACAGGAGGUGCUACAACUGUAGCAGGAGGUGUGGCAGCAGCUGCUGGGGUGAUCCUGUCCCCGUUCACGCUGGGAGCCUCGCUGGCACUAACUGCUGUCGGAGUCGGCGUGGCUGCAGCUGGCGGUGUUACUGGUGCAUCAGCAGCCAUCGCAAAUAAGGUGAACUGCAACCAGGACCAGAAGAAAAUCGAAAAGGUCUUUACCGACUACGAGUCCCUCAGUAAGGGCAUUCAGGAGAAACUUGCUUAUGUCAUUGAGGGCAUAGAGCAACUGAGGCAGCAUGGUGUCAUCAUGCUCGAGAGGACCAAGGUGAAGUCAGAGAGGGCCUCCAAGUUGUUGGAGUUCUUUGGUCAAGGAGGGCCAUGUGCCAAGGUCUUGGAGGCAAACUCCAAGCCAUCUGGGAUGAUAGAAGGCUUCGCCCUCGGCAUGGAUAUGUACUUCACCAAAGGAAAAGAUGGAACCAAGGUGAAGAAGGGCUUUGAGUCAAAGUUGGCAAAGAAACUCCGCUCCUUGGCGGUGGAUCUCCAGAAAGGACUGGAUGAGUCCAUCAAAAUCAAAGAACUGUUUGAAAAGUAUUGUUAG